CACAGCUCCUCAACGCAUAUACCAGAAUCUUUCCCCAGCGCCUAUUGCGCAAGCACGCAGUCUUGGCUGCCCACUACUGUCGAAUCUGUCGCUACUCAUAACCGAACACAGCCCUCUUACCACUGUCCCUUCUUCCAAACCCCAUCUCCCCACACUCCGCCAUGCCCGAGAUCAUCUACGAGUCGGACCACCGCAAGCCGGACGUGCUCCCCGAGUGCAGCCUCUGGGACUACCUGUUUGGCAACGAGUCGCCUCUCCAGAAGUUUGACAAGUCUCUGCCUGCCUACAUCGAUGGGCUGGACGGGCGGACGCUGACUCGGGGCCAGCUCGAGGAGUCGUCGCUGCGCCUCGUGAGUGGCCUCCGCGCCCUCGGCGUUAAGCGCAACGACGUCGCGUGCCUUUGGGGCCUCAACUCCCUUGAGUGGGUGCGCACCGCGUACGGGUGCAUGGCUGCGGGUGUAACUGUUUCGCCUGCCAACUAUGCCUACGCGGCUCAUGAGAUCGCCCACCAGGUUAAUGAUUCGGGCGCAUCUGUCAUUUUCAUCGACCCUUCUUUGCUGCCAGUAUUUGAUGCGGCCCGGAAAGAGCUCAAGCGCGACUUCCCCAACGAGCGCGUCAUCCUCCUCUGCCCGCCCGAGAAGAAGCCGAAGGAGCUCGCACAGUACAAGGUCUUCGAUGAGGUGCUUGGUGCGCGUGGCCAGCCAGAGCACUUCCCCGGUCAGCAGAGCCGUGACACGGCGUGGCUCUGCUACUCGUCGGGUACUACGGGAUUGCCAAAGGGUGUGAUGACGACCCACAACAACAUGACGUCCCAGCUCCAGGCCCUCAACAUUGGCUACCAGCAGCUUGUGAGCGGGCGGGACAAGGUGCUCGGCAUUCUCCCAUUCUCGCACAUCUAUGGACUUACAAUCGUGCACUUCCAGCCUUUCACUGUCGGAGUGCCGGUCGUCGUUCUCCCGCGUUUCGAGGAGAUUUCCGUGCUUUCGGCUAUCCAGAAGUACAAGAUCACGCACGGCCUCAUCGUUCCUCCCAUCCUAAUUAUCUUGCUGAACUCGACCAACGUCGACAAGUACGACCUGUCCAGCCUCCGCACUCUCAUGGCCGGCGCGGCGCCAUGUAGCCCCGAGCUCACCGAGAGCUUCAACAAGCGCUUCCCGCACAUCGCCCUGACGCAGGGCUACGGCAUGACGGAGUGCUCGCCCACGACGCACGUGUGUACCGGCGAGGAGGUUGAGGGGCGCGCGGGCUGGAUUGGCCGACUGCUGCCCACUUUCCAGGCGCGCUUGGUGACCGAGGAUGGCGAGGACGCCAAACGGGGUGAGCGCGGCGAGUUGUGGCUUCGCGGCCCCAGUGUCAUGAAGGGGUACCACAACAACCCCGAUGCCACGGAGAAGACGAUGGCGCCCGGCGGAUGGUACAAGACCGGAGAUGUGCUCAUCAUUGACGACAAGGGGUGGUACAAGGUUGUCGACCGUGUCAAGGAGCUCAUCAAGUACAAGGGCUUCCAGGUGCCCCCUGCCGAGCUUGAGGGCAUUUUGUUGCAGCACGAGAAGGUUGCCGAUGUCGGUGUGAUUGGCGUGUGGGACGAGGCGCAGGCUACGGAGCUGCCGCGCGCGUACAUUGUCGCGAAGAACGUGAACAUCAAGACCGGUGCGGACCGGGACGCGCUCUCUGCCGAGGUUGCGGCAUGGCUUGCCGAGCGCGUAGCGCAGCACAAGCGUCUGCGCGGCGGUGUCGUUGUUGUCGAGAUGAUCCCCAAGUCGCCAUCCGGCAAGAUUUUGCGCAAGGACCUGCGUGUGCGCGCGCAGGCCGAGCGCGAUGCUGAGGUGCAGCUCCGGGCGAAGAUGUAGAGCACGUUAAUAGCAUUGAGUUGUAUGCAGAGUGCAUGGGCGGCCGAGA